GGGAAAACUGGAAAUAUUCUCUGUCAGCUGUUUGCCCUAUAGCUACGGUGGCCUUAAAUUCCAAACUCACUAUGCAUACCCAGCGAUUCCCACUUUAGAAGAUAACCACCAUGUAUGUGUAUAAAUCCUGUCAGAUUUGGAUUGCAGUGAUAGGCUGCAAAUUCUGGACUAGGUGCCCCGUCAUUCACAUCCUUUUAUUGUUGGCCAAUUUUGGAGAGAUAAUUUGAAACCUCUACAGCAGAAAAUACCCGGCUAUUUGGAAUCUCAGUUUUGUCAAAUGGUUUGCCAGAUAAACAGGACUGCAGCCAGAGAGUCGUGAUCUUUACAAAUACAAUUGUUUGGUAAUGGUGCUUAAUGACUCUUUAACUUAAAGCUUGAAAAUGUAGAGUGAUCUACAGAUUGUAUUUUCUGGUGUAAUAUGAGCCUCUGUAUGCAUUUUAAGAAUGAAAGCAGUGGUAGGAGAGGACAGCCUUGUUGCUUGCAAUCAAAAUGAGAAAUGGUUUGAGGAGGAGAUCUCCUUAGAUAAAAUAACAGUAACCUAGUGGCACUCUUACUUCAUAAUACAAUUGUUUAUCCCUCUUUUCUUGCCAUUAGAUUCAUCAGAUGCUGACCGACUUGACAGAUUUUUUGACUCUGAAGAUGAGGAAUUUGAAAUUUUAUCAUUUUGAACUCACUGAACUAAAGUAACUGACCACAGAAAAAGCAAAAUACUUAAUACUCCACAAUAAAGGCUUGUGGUGUAAACGCUCUUGAACAUUUGCUGGAUAUUGUACCCUCCCCAAGGCAGUUCUUGGGGCAGCUGAAGGAUUCACACCCUAAGGUCUCACCUAUGUUUUCCUGCAGUGGAUACUGCAACUGGACCCAGCUGGAGUUUUCUUUUUUUUCAUGCUUAGGUUUUGUUACAUUCCAUGCACAGAGAAAGAAGGCCACUAAAGAAAUAAUGCUAAGGUGGAGAGAGAACCUGCAUGGACCGAUGCUGAGAAACUGACUCGUGAGUUACAUGGAGAGGUGCAUAUAGCACCAACCUAAUACAGUCUUUCAGAAAGAUGUGGUGAAAAACCUUUAAAACCUAUUUUCCCCCGUCUGGCAGAGUGACACGGUUGGAUCUUCUAAAUAAUCUUUCUAGAAAGGAGUGUUGAGAAAAACUAGUAUUUGUGUAACAGAGACAGUGGGCUGACACUGAUAACUUUGGGGCUGCAAUACAGGCCUGCUAGACAGUAACCAUUUCCAGGGAUAUGAGAGUUUGUGUUAUGUAGAAAUGAUUCUCAAACCAAGCAUCAUUUAUGUUUAUCAUUAUCCCUCCUAAAAUGGUAAAUUUCCUAAAUAAUGAAGUAACCUGAAUAUUGCUUAUUUGCAAACUAUUUAUAAAGUGUGUGAGGAGUUUUAUUAUAUUAACUUUUUUUAGGUUUAUUUUUUAAAGGCACAGUCCUUCAGCUGCAUUACAUUUGCAAAAUUUUCCAAUGUGGAAAUCUAUACUGAAAGAUCAGUAAUUUCCAAACCAAGCUUGGCUUUAAAUGAAAUGCCAUGUUUAAUAAUAGCAAAAAUAUGCCCUUAAGCUACUUCAAAGACAAACAGAAUAUUUAUUGCUUUCUACCACUUCCUGGAUGAGGGAUGAUGGCUAAUUAACCUUUGACACUCAAUCAUUUGAGGACUAUUUCCCAUGAUGCACAGCCAUCUGCAGUGCUAAAGGUCAACCAUCACAAACAUAGUUGAAGGCUGUAUGCGAUUUUAAUUUCAUAGUUACUGAAAGCAAAACAAUACCAAAUGAUAGCCAGGAAGAAGACAAUUCUAUAAUAAGCUUUGGCGCCAAAAAAAAAAAAAGAAGGUUUAGAACUGUCACCAUAUUAUUACGGUAUCUCCUCUCUGAUGAAAUCUCUAAGUGCAGGAGAGCUAAGCACUGCACAGCAUCCCUUUUCUGCUACUCAAUAAGUCGCAUUUUGGUUACUGUUCCUGACCAACACAUUUUAAACCAUUUCAUGCACUAUGCAAAAUCUUAAAAUGCCAAUAUACAGUGAUAUCACACAGUGAUAGUAUUGUGUGUCAUUGGUGACUUUAGCGCAGCCUGUUGGGAUUCAGCAAGUUUAUUUAUAUGUACAAUGGGUGGGGUAAAACUUAUUUAAAAUGUGAUCUUGCCUUCCACAUUUAAUAUUUACAAUAUGUUGCCUCUUGCACAUAAUAAAAACAAGUGCCACAGAAGUUAACAUUGCUUUAUUGCUGUAUGUUUUUUUUAAAAAGAACCUUCUCCUAGUCUCAAUUAGGACUCGAGUUUGGCUACUUUUUUUUUUAAAUUUGAAGUUCACUUUGGACUCUCAACAGUUCUCACCUUGAUAAAUAGCCCUGUCAGCAUUAUUUACUAAAAUGCAAAUUUCACCUUUCUAACCCUGUAUAGUUUUGGAAAUACUAAUCAGUCAGCUGGUUUUGUCUGACACUGUAACCUGUAAUUAGAAAUUCCCUAUGAAUUCCUGACAAGACACAUUUUAGUACCUGCACAUCCAGAGAUAUUAACAAUAGCGUGCUAGGGCUAGUUGCACUCCCAGCACACGACACAUUGGCAAGACAGAACUCGGUUCCGGGCUGCUCAAUGUCAAUUAUGAGCAUAAUUUACAUCUGUCGUCCGCGCGUACUGCAUGCUUUUGACAGAAAUCACUACUUCUCAGUUGCAGCCAGACAGGACCAGUGCAAGGAUUUCCCCCCCCCCUGCACACAGUGUGUGUUUUACAUUAAAAAGCCUGCAGGAACCGGGUAUUGACACCAGAACCACUUCAUUAAGCUGUAGUGGUUCUGGGGACUAUAGGGUCACUUUAAAGGACCACUCUAGGCACCCAGACCACUUCAGCUUAAUGAAGUGGUCUGGGUGCCAGGUCCAGCU